GAAGUACAUAUUGUUUUCUACCAGUGCGAAUUCCAUGGAUCGACAGUCUUCCUUCGAUAUAGUUCUCCAUGAAUUUGAACAAGUUCCCCAGGUAUUAAUGUGUUAGUCAUCCGGAGAUUGGUUUCCGUCCCGCAUGCCUGAGGCUGCACCUGGGGGCGCCUUGUUGUUCGUGUAUUUCUCCAGAUUCUUCAUACUAACGAUAUAGAGAUGAUUGGCUCUGGUGGAGCACUAGUGGACGCAAGGUAUAGAGUCGAGGCAGUCAGAACCUCGCCCGACGAAGCUGCUCCCCACAUUGCCUCCCUCAACAUCUGGGGUUUCGGAAAUUCAGGCCAGAGUCAGCCAGAGCCUUCGUUUUCGGAAUUGUACUCCCAUCCCCAAUUAUAUAAACCAGUCCAUCGUGAACCGAAGGAUCUCACCCAUUCCACUUUUUCUCUCAACCUACUCUACCACCCACCGUAAAACCACCAUGACCGUCCCAAACGGAUCCCACAAAACCGUCCCCAGCCGGUUAUUCCAGCCCGAAACCCCCAACCUAGAGGACUUCAAGAAAAUCUGCUCCCAAACCACCGACCACACCACCUACCCACUGGCAGCCUCCGUAGACCACAACAUCCCCAUCUACGAUGCCCGAGCCCUGGACCUGCACAACACCUCCCUCACCACUACGCUCCAAGACGAAUGGUACCACAUCCUGAGCACGGGGCCAGGCAUCCUCGUGCUCAAAGGCAUGUACGACCCAGCGCACUACGCCUCCACCCUGGACAGCACCAACGCAGCCUUCAACAGCAUCAUCACGCGCGAACGCGCUACCGCAACCACGAAAGGCGACCACUUCGCCGCCAGUGGCAAAAACGACCGCAUCUGGAACUCCUUCAGCAAGCACGCACUCGAGGACCCCUCCUCCUUCAUCACCUACUACUCCAACCCGUGGCUGCGGCUGGUCAGCGAAACCUGGCUGGGCCCGGCCUACCGCGUCACCGCGCAAGUCAACGUCGUCAAGCCCGGCGGCGCCGCCCAGGACAGCCACCGCGACUACCACCUCGGCUUCCAGGACCUGCACACCUGCGCCGCCUUCCCGCGCAACAUCCAGCUGGCCAGCCAGCAUCUGACGCUGCAGGGCGCCGUCGCCCACAGCGACAUGCCGCUGCAGAGCGGGCCCACCCGCUUCCUGCCCUUUAGCCAGACCUACGAGCCGGGCUAUCUGGCCUGGCGCCGCGACGACUUCCGCGCCUUCUUCCAGGACAACUAUGUCUCGCUGCCGUUGGCCUUCGGGGACGGCCUGUUCUUCAACCCGGCUGUGUUCCAUGCCGCCGGCGCCAAUGAGACGGAGCCCGGUCCCGAUGGCGGGUUUCAUCGUAAGGCCAACUUGCUGCAGAUUAGUAGUGGGCUGGGCAAGGCCAUGGAGAGUAUUGAUACCGUGCCGCUGGUGGAGAAGUGCUGGGACGCGCUUUUGAAGACGUUCCAGGACGCUGGUGGCAGGUUGGAUGCUGGGGUGGAGAAUUUCGUCCGCGCCGUUGCGGAUGGGUAUCCGUUUCCUACUAAUCUGGAUAGGAGGCCGCCGGCACCGAAUGGUAUGGCGCCCGAGAGUGAGCAGGAGAUUAUUAUCAGGGGGUUGCGGGAGGGGUGGGGGACAGAGAGGGCGGUCGAGGAAUUGAGGAGGAUGAAGGCGGAUUCUUGUGCUUAAUAUCUUGAACUUGGUGCGCGGGUGAAUAGUGUAUUGGGCUGUUGUGAGGUUGUUUUGCUUUAGCGAUAGUCAUUAUGAUGCGAUGUAUAUUGUGUACAGAAUUCACGGAAAUUAUACCGUGUUUUGAAAAUCAUCCUGGUCUAGUCUGGAAUGCUGUGGAGUAUCUGAACAUGCUAUAUCAAUAUGCAUAGUACCUCGCAUCCAAAUGGAUACAUAUACACCGAGAUCUACAAAGCUGUGUCUUGUAUAG